AUGGAGACCCGACGCUCGUCUUGCAGUAACUCACAACCAGGCAGUGAGGCUCAGAUACGUCUAUGCCCUGAGAAAUUCGACAACAUGUCUACCGAGCAAAAUUUACCACCUGUCGAUGGAGGAUUUCAAGCAUGGAUGUUUCUGGGAGCUUGUGUGAUGCUAGAGGCAUUGAUAUGGGGUAUAAUUAGACGUGAAUCUUCGUGCGACAGAAUAGAAGCUAACAUCGUUGCAGGAUUUGCCUUUGCAUUUGGAGUCUUCCAGAAAUACUAUCAUGCGAAUGAAGCCUUUGAGGACUCCAACAUGGUUGCCGUCAUUGGGACCUGUGCUACAGGUAUCUCCUACUUGAGUUGUCCACUGGUCAUCAUUGCUAUGAUAUUACUCCCCACGAUGGGUCGAUGGUUCUCAACAAUCGGAUUAAUUAUGAUGUGUCUUUCGCUGGCAUUGGGCUCAUUUUCUAAAAACGUCACUCAUCUCGUCCUAUCGCAAGGAGUCGGCUUUGGAAUUGGUGGCUGCAUCGCUUACAGUCCAUCCAUCUUAUAUAUGGAUGAAUGGUUCGUGAACCGAAAGGGACUUGCAUUCGGUAUAACCUGGGCUGGCUCAGGAAUAUCAGGUAUCAUUUUCCCAAUCGGACUCGAGAAGCUACUCGCCAGGUUUGGAUUUGAGACCACACUCAGAGUCAUCUCGGUGAUAAUGUUUGUUCUUGCCGCGCCAUUUCUUUAUUUCCACAGACCCCGACUACCAGUUUCAAAGUCUGUGGCUUACAACCGGCUCAAUUUCCGGUUCGUCUACGACAAGACCUUUAUUUUUUAUCAGGUCAGCAACAUUAUGGAGGCAAUCGGCUUUUUCUUGCCUGGAAUCUAUCUUCCUUCUCAUGCGCGCAGUAUCGGCGCUUCGGAUUUCGUCUCGUCACUCACUGUCACCCUUCUCAAUCUGGCAUCGGUGUUUGGAAGCGUCACAAUGGGCCAUCUGGCAGACCGGUACCAUGCUAUCACCUGCAUAACGAUCUCGACAGUGGGAAGCACUCUAUCUCUGUUUUUUCUAUGGGGAUUUGCAUCCACCAUACCAACUUUACUGGUAUUCUCUUUCGCAUACGGCCUAUUCGCAGGGUCAUAUUCAGCCACCUGGGCAGGGAUAACGAGGGAGGUCAGACAUGUGAAUCCCAGCGCCGAUGCGACUAUUAUCUUCGGUCUUAUUGCCUUUGGUCGCGGUAUUGGAAAUGUUGUCAGUGGGCCGUUCAGUGAGGCUUUGGUGAAAGUCGAUCCUUGGGUGGGCUCUGCGAUUGGCGCCUACGGUAGUGGAUAUGGUCUUGUCAUUAUGUGUGCUGGGAUCAGUGCUUUUAUGAGUGGAUUGUGUAUUUUUGCCCAUUAUUUUAAGGUUAUAUAG